CGAAUCAUUUGUUGAAUGCGGCCCAAUUUUGUUUGUUUUGGUUUUUGACAUUGUGUUUACAAAUAACUAAGAAUCCUUUUGCGGCAAGGACACCACCUUAGAUGACAAAGAAUUAAAUCGAAAUUUCCCCAUUUUGCAGAUUUAUUAGGAGAAACGAUGAACGCAUAUGAAGAGCGCUUGAGAUCAAAGAAUCUGCUGCAUAUUCUACAAAAUCGUGAAUCAGGCUUUCAUCCUAUCGGUCCUGGAGCAAAAUUUAGGGAUAUUGACUUUUAUCAAUGCAUUACACCGAACCUGACAGUUGAUUGUGCCGUUCCCAAUGUCUUUAUACGCAAAUUCACGCCUGACGGUAGCAAACUGAUAGCCUUUUCCCACGAUCAGCGAAGUCUGCAUGUUUACAAAUACAAAGGAAUCAGUUCCGCCAGGUUGGGACAACUAAUGCAAGCAGCGAAAGUGGGCACAACCGAGUAUUUUACUGGUAACGAUAACAGCAGCAGUAGCCGACUGACAAACACAAUUUUUGAUGAAAUAUUCGAUACAACUGAUUGCUUAAAAUUGCGUCUUUGCCAAGGGGAUUCUGUACGUUACUAUUUGCAUCGGGAGUUUAGCAUAUUUCUGGAAGACGGACGUUAUGUACUGCUGGCAGCCAUAUGCAUGACAAAUGGUGCCAUUGCCACCGGGGAUUAUAUACGCUAUCCGGAUCUGUUUGACAAAUUGGAUGCCUUUUCAUAUAUAUUCUAUGUUGUGGAUUUGGUGCAGGGAUUAAUUACCGAUACGCUAUCGCUGCCCCAAGAUUCAAUUCAGAUUCCACAUAACUAUGGUGUUUCUGUUGUUGGCUCAGCCGUGGCAAUUAUGUCAAGACUUUAUCAGUGCAUAUAUAUGUAUGAACUGGUCGAUGGACGUUUCAUUAAGCAGGAGACCAUUGGUCCUAGACCACGAGAUUUGAAUGAUCAGCCCAUGGAUAUAGGAGUACUCGAUGUGACAACUCUCUUGCCGAUUACACAUAUAAAACAGCGGGUAUUAAGUUUUCUCUAUCGUCAAAUUGAUGCAAAUGGUCCACAAGCAAGCCAAAAUUAUCAAAAUUUUAACAAGAAUUUCGAAUUUAUAGAGCAUAUGAUUCUGGAAAAAAUGCAAUUGAUCAACAACGAUCUUCUAUUGCUACGCUAUGAGGAGAGGCCCAAGGAUAGUGACAUUACACCAAUUCUAGCCCUUGUCGAUCCACCAACUCCACGCCGCCUUCACGUUUUUUAUACCAUUGAAAGCGAAGAAGUUGUUGCCGUCUAUCAUGAUGAUUCUGUGGAAUUACUACAAAUCGUAUUACAUUUCUAUGAUCAGAUGAGCAAUGUACGUUCCUUGCAAACUGGCGAUGCCCCCUCAUCCCCCACCCAUUAUUUGCUUAAGCAGAACGUGGACAAUGUUCAAAAGGCAUCACAAAGUUUAAUGCGUCAAGCGGCGUUACGUUUUAAUCCAAGUAUACCUGUCAGCACCCAAGCCUAUACGACAUCGCCUUAUCUAAGAUAUGACAUUUUCAACUAUGAAGAGCGUCUAAUAUCGCCAAGUGAACGACCCAAAGCUUGCUCCUCGGAGCCAAUUGUUUUUCGGGAACGAUCCACGAAUCGUGUGAAAUUUCGUCUGAAUGUCAAGGCUCGUAUGCAAAAUACGCAUCUAGCACAACGUGAAUUAUGUGCUUUCAUAUGUCAUCCUUUUGAGCCUUUCAUAAUAAGCAUACAAAAACUGAUGCACACUUAUUCAUAUCGAAUGCAUUUUUAUAAUCAUAGUACGAUUGUAACACAAUGUGAUUGUAAAUCGGUGCCUAAAUAAUAGUAAUACAAAUGUGAUAUUUUGUAAGAAUUUUGUGUAUUUUUUUUCCAAGAAGUGCAAUUAAAUGCCACAAAUGUCUAUAUUAACUUAACUUUUGUGGACAAAUAAUGAA